CGGAGGUAUUUGAGAAUUUUUAUUUGUUUGAAUUAGAAGGAGUAGAUUUGAUUUUAAGAAUGGAGUGGUUAGCUAAAGUAGGGAAAGUAACCAUUAAUUAGGGAGAAUUAAAAACGGUUUAUAAUCAGGGAGAGCAGGUGGUAAUGAUAAAAGGGGACCCCACCCUCUCACAAAAGUAUUGGAACCAAAAGCUUUAAUGAAAAGGAAAGCGGUGGAACCUAAGACCUUGAUUUGGACUUUGGGAAAGGCAAAGAUAAAAGCUAAAAAAGUAGAGACCAGUCCAGAUUUAACAAGGAUCCAGACAGAGGAGCUACAACUACAGUCGAUAUUGUCAGUUUUUGAAGUGGUUUUUAAGGAGCUUAGGGGUCGACCACCAGACCUAGUCCACCAAAUCCUGGUAAAAGAAGGGAUUGAUUCAGUUACUGUCCGCUCUUAUAUAUACCCUCAUGUGACGAAGGCAAAGAUUGAAAACCCUAGGCAGCAACAAAGAGAAGAAGAAAAAGCACAUGUGAGCCUAGUGGUUGCAGCAAUGGCGGAGCACUUGCCAUUGAUAUUCGGGAUGGGGAAGGUCACAGUGAAGUGGCCAUUCUACUUCCAGACCGGUGCGUAUAGGCACAGUGAUUGGUGCUCUUUCCUCCACACGAAGCUGAGCAUAAGCCCCACCAUUCUGCUCCCCAACAUGUACCAGUGCUCCGACAUGAUAACCCCCGACGUCGACGUCCUCGGCAACCCCAUCGACUCCCGCCAGAUCCAGGACCACUUUGAGGAGUUUUAUGCGGGUAUCUUUAAGGAGCUCUCCAAGUACAGCGAAAUCGAAAACCUCCAUGUCUGCGACAACCUCGCCAACCUUAUGGCGGGCAAUGGAUACGCUAAGUUCAAAGAGGAGGAGCAUACUGCAAAUACUGUCAGGAACUUCACUGGAUGGUUUUAUGCCGAUAGGUCAAUUAUUGUGGACUUCUCGCGGGUGACAAAUUUUCGAGGAGUUCCUUGCAGCCAAUAUGAAGAAAAUACUUGCAACCACCGAGGCUGCAACUUCAUGCAUUUGAAAAGAAUUAACUGGGAUUUGAGGCACCAAUUAUUUGGGAAGCACCAUAGACAGAACAGUAGAAGCAGAGUCCUUACGGGCAUCGCUGCCAUGAUGAGCGGUCCCAUCAUAGUCAUAGCAGAAAGUAAGAUGACAGGGACCACCAUCAUGAGAGUCGUCGUAGUAAACGCAGGAGCUCGAGUUCUGAACUUAGGAGAGGAAGAAGUGGAAGUCUUGCUUGGCCCAAUGUUCUGGCUCCUCAAGAUUCUUGACAAGAGGCAGAAACAGAGAGAUGAAAAGGUAAUACCGCAAAUAUUGGUUGAAUGGCAAGAAGGGGAAGGAAGGAACAACAUAGACGGAUGUGCUCACUAUUCAGGAACAAUUCCCACACUUCAACCUUGAGGACAAGGUUGCACAUCAGGCGGUGGGUAAUGAUAGGGAAUAAAGAGGGGAAGAGGUGAUAGGCAGUUAUAAUCGUAUUAUUAGUAUUAUUAGUUUGGGUGGGAAAUAAAGCUCCUAUAUAAGAGUUGAGGGGGGUGAGGGACAUUUUACGCUUUUGAAUUGAUAUAUUGUGUAGACAGGAUCACGUUUAUCCUGUGGAGAGAGAAUUUGGCUCUCUUGGAGGUNGUUACAGCUGUGCAGUGGCGAUAUUGAAUAGAGAAUAUACAGUUUAUACCCUUUUUUCUGGUGUUUACGUGGGAGUGAGUGCAUUGUAGAUAGGUUUUCAAUCCAGAAACCUAUCAAUGUUGUUUUCAUUCUUAGUAGUGAUAAAUAACUGCAUGUAUUGUGUUUAUCCUUUUUCAUCGUUUAAUAUCUCAUAUUUGACUUUUAUAUAUAAAAUAUGUUCCCUCCCUGGCUGGCAUAUAUGAGCUAUUUAUUUUAUUUCUAUUAAUUGUUAUAUUAUUUAUCAUAAGAAUGUAGCAAUUUGGGAAAUUGUCAUUUAAAAGCUAAGUUGUCUGGUAAGUAAUAAAUGUAUACGUGUUUCUCAUUAUAAUUAGUUGAAGUUUUACUUUUCUCUUUGAAACUUUUUAUUUUUUUCUUUUGGUUUUGUCUUCAAUUUUUCUUCGCUCUUAGUUCAAUUCCUUUAUUGAUCAAUUCUAUUGAUCUCAACUUGUAUUUUUCUU